CCAGAAGAGACAGGGCCGGCACCGAAGCUGAGUGCACCUGCAAGGACCUGGCUUUGUUCGGUACAGGGGAGGGAUGUUGUCGUUGAUAAAGCUGCUGAUCCCCCGGAUUUCCCAACACUGUGGUGCUUUUUUGACUCCAGCAGCUGUGGAGGCAGACACUGAGACACGGACCUCAGCAACUGUGAAGGGAGUCUCCUUCUUGAGUGUGAUGCUUUAUUGAUUUGGCUCACAUUACAUUCGUUUGAAGAUGAAGAUCGCUUCUCUCCUCCUCCUCGCAGGUCUCUGCCUGGCUGUCGACCCGCCACGCAAGCCUUUCCCACCCAGAGGCGGUGGCAGCAAGCUUUUGACUUACAACGAGACUGUCACCAGGCGCGUCAUCUCACCGACAACCACCUUUGUCGACUGGAUACCCGGAGAGGAAGAUGGGCAAUACGUCUUCCAGGAAAACGACGGAACGCUCAUUAUUCAAAAUAUUGCUACAAAUAGAAGCGAAACGCUAGUUGGUGCCGACAAAGUUCCAGAGAACUCUUACAGCUACUACAUUAAGCCAGAUCUCUCCGCCGUUCUGUGGGCAACAAACUACAAAAAACAGUAUCGGCAUUCCUUCUUUGCGGAUUAUCACAUUCUCGAUUUGGAAUCUGGCUCACUGACUCCCCUGGACAAUGACCAAAACGGCGAUAUCCAGUACGCUGCCUGGAGUCCCAAAGGAAAUGUUAUCGCCUAUGUCCGCAAUAACAAUUUAUACCUCUGGAAGAACGGAGAGGUCACUCAAAUCACGGAAGAUGGAGGUCCAAAUACUUUCAACGGUGUUCCAGACUGGGUAUAUGAAGAGGAAAUUUUCGGUACUCCGUUUGCGUUGUGGUUUUCACCCGACGGCGAAUAUGUCGCUUACAUGAGGACCGACGAAACUGGCGUCCCAACAUACACUAUCCCAUACUACAUGGAUAAUCAAAAGUUUGCCCCUCCGUAUCCAAGAGAAUUGGAGCUUCGUUAUCCUAAAGUGUCGCAAACCAACCCUACUGUCCAGUUCCGCCUUCUGAAUGUCGAAUCCGAAGAGCAAAAGAAUGUGACACUUGAUGCUUUUGAGGCGGAUGACCUCAUCAUUGGUGAAGUUAAAUGGUUGACUGAUGGUCACGAGAAAGUUGCACUCAGAGCUUUCAAUCGCGUUCAGGACAGGGAAAAGAUUAUCCUGGUGGACAGUGAGUCCGGCGCGGGUUCAAUCAUACAAGAACGUGAUGGUACAGAUGGUUGGCUAGAAAAUAACCAGGCUAUCCGCUACAUCGGUAAGAUCAAGGGCGGCCGGUUCAACAGCAGAGCAAAUUACUAUGUCGAUAUCUCCGAUAUGGACGGCUGGAGUCACCUUUAUCUUUUCCCUGUCGGUGAAGGAGAGCCCAUCCAACUCACCCGUGGCCGUUGGGAGGUUACUGCUCUGAACCACGUCGACACUGAACGUCAGUUGAUUUAUUUCGUUGCCACCAAGCGCCACAGUACCCAACGUCAUCUUUACUCGGUUUCAUACCGCGAUAUGAAAAUAAAAGCUCUAGUCAAUGAUCGUGAGGCUGGCCACUACACUGCUAAUUUCUCUGCAAGGGGUGGUUAUUAUGUCCUCCACUACCAGGGUCCGGAUGUUCCUUACCAGGAACUCUUUGCAACGAGGACCGGGAAGGCAAUCCGGACAAUUAAUAGCAAUGCUGAUGUUGUGAACAAGCUCAAGGAAUACAAACUUCCCAGAAUUGACUAUCUCGAUAUUCGGCUCCCAUCAGGCGAAACUCUUAAUGUGAUGCAGCGACUUCCCGCCAACUUCUCCCCCAGCAAAAAGUAUCCCGUGUUAUUCACACCAUAUGGGGGACCAAACUCUCAACAGGUUCAUGUUGGUUUCCAAUCUUUUGGCUGGACCGCCUAUAUUGCAUCCGAUCCAGAACUCGAAUACAUCACCUGGACUGUCGAUAACCGGGGUACUGGCUUUAAGGGAAGAAAAUUCCGUUCGACGGUCGCCAAGAGACUCGGUGCUCUUGAAGCUGAGGACCAGGUCUAUGCUGCCAAGGUGCUCUCUAAAUUCCCAUAUGUAGACAAGGAGCGGAUUGGCAUUUGGGGUACGAGUUAUGGAGGUUACCUCACGGCCAAGACACUGGAAACCGACAGCGGCCGUUUCUCCUUCGGUAUUAGCUCCGCCCCUGUUUCGGACUGGCGUUUCUACGAUAGCAUGUAUACGGAACGAUACAUGAAGACUUACGAGAUGAAUGAAGCCGGUUACAAUGCCAGUGCCGUUCGCAAGACAGAGGGCUUUAAGAACGUUCGAGGAAGUUUCCUUCUCCAACACGGCACGGGCGAUGACAACGUCCAUUUCCAGCAUUCCGCUGCUUUGUCAGACUUGCUCAUGGGUGCCGGUGUAUCACCCAACAAAAUGGCUGGCACAUGGUUCACUGAUUCUGACCAUGGUAUCCGAUAUAAUGGCGGCCAUGCUUUCCAAUACAAAGAGCUCACUAUGAAACUCUAUGAGGAGAAAAACAGGAAGUUCGAUGAGGAGAAACACCAGUGGAGCAAGAAGGAUUUGGAAUUUGCUGCUUCUAUCGGUAUCUAAUAGAUUUGAUCAAAUCGAUCCUUCUCUACCCGCAUAAUAUUUUUUUGUGUUACAAUGGGACAAGUUGGACUGUUAUACUACACGUGUGCCUUUUGCGGGAGGCUUUAUACCUUUCUGGGAUAUAUUCAUUCGAUUUUCCUUUGGAUUGUACAUAUUGACUCUUGUCACUUUCUACUUGCCAUUAUCCCAUAGAGAGAGGCCUUAGACAGCACGACGGGAUGAGGCAAAGCCUCCCUCCCCUUAUCUCUGCAAUGAAAUUGUAGUGUUGAAAACUACUAUCAUGCCUAC